UGUAUUGGAUAAGUAGUAUGUUUGAGUACAGAGAUAUGGCUUCACAAUAAAAUACUACUAUAAUAAUAUAGGAACAAAAGCCUAGCUUCUAUAAAAGGCAUCUUUCCUGAAAAACAGGAAGAGAAUACAACUCUACAUCUAUAAAUGGUCAUUUUUUACUUCCUUAAAAAUUGUGGUUCUGUCUUAUGAGACAGCUCAUGAAGGUGAGUAAACAGUGCAGACUCAAUAAAAGGCCAAGAGGAAAUUCUUUUCUAGCAUUUCGAUUAUUUCAAGAACCCUGCGGACUGUCUGAUUCGGCUUGUGUCUGCUCAGGUGAGAAGGAGCCGACAAUGAACUUUUCUAAGUUGAAAGCGAGUGUGAAGAUGACUUCAUCCCGGAUUUGUUCGCUCUACACAACAAAGAGCGAAAUGAGCUGGAGCGAGAAGUCCCUUCUGUUCGUCUCAUGCCUGAUCACCAGUUUCAUUUUGGCAAUUUUCUUCCUCCUUAGUCUUCGCUUCCCCUUAAAGUUUGGCAUUGAAGUCUCCAUUGCAACCACUGCAGUGUUUUGGCUUUGUGUUACGCUAGCUAUGUGGUUUUCUCCAAACGCUCGCUGUUUUGGAAUUCUCUUCCUGAUGUCCAUCAGCUUGAAACAAGGCAAGAAACAGCUCCUUACAGCUGGAACAACAGUAGUGAUCCUCUUGAACAUACAGAACACACUGAGGAACCUUAAGGGACUUGGAAAGAGCUUAGUCUGCAAUAUGGAAGCAAAGCUUAUUGCCAUUGACUUGGCUUCGCUCAGCACCUACAUCCGCUUGCUAAAGUCGGUGGUUUCUGAGCUUAAAAAUUUGUUGGAUGGGGAGUAUUACACUGACUUUAAAAUUAAGCCGAGUGUGCAAUCGGGAGAGUUCACGAAGAAACUAUCCGAAGCCCAUAGGACCAUGAAUGAGACUGCUGAGAGUGUGAUGGUGGUCAUUAAUGGAAUUUCCUCUGUAGGAAAGCAAAUAUCUCCAGUUUUAGGAGUCGUGAUACUCGUCGUUGCUACGGCGCUCUACUUGAGGAAAUUUCGCUCCAGCAGAAAGCAAAAAAAUGUGUUUAUUACAAAAAAGUUUCUGAAGUAUGAUGAAGCUCAGCGAUUGCAGGGAAAGCCAUCAGUUCUCCCUCUGACUAAGAAGGAGUCAAAACGUUACAUCAUUGUUCCCUCUGCACAUUUAACCAAAAAAGAUUUGAAAACCAUGCUGAAAUUCAGCAUGUCGAUUCUAUCCCAUAGUAUGGCCUGGCUCUUUUUUGUACUACUUGAUGCUCUUGUUUACUGGAUUAUUACUGUCUUGAGCAAGAGGUUAGAAGAGCUGAAGCCACUCCAUGUCCCUGUGUUACUGAAAAAGGAGGAAGGAAAGUUCUUAUUCGGCAUCAACAUUGGACAUGGGCAAAAAGUCAAUGACUUUUCCUUCGAAGUGCCCAUUUAUGAAAAAAAGUGUUUGCCAGAACCAGAACUAUGGCUCUACAAAUCAGUCCUCCCUCUAUCAGUCAUCCUCGGCGUACUGCUUCUUCUGGUCGUGGUGUCUUCAAAGCUCAGUCAGUUGAGGCUCAUCGUGUCUGAGCAGUUCUAUUCAGAGGAUGCAGAGAAGCGGAUUGCUGAGCUGCAUGCCAAGAUCCUGAAAAAAAGAUCGAAAUGGACGGCCAAGGAUGUGAAAAGAACACUGGAAUCAUUUGCCAUGCAGCUGCACUUUUGGUUUCCCAUCAUAUUCCGUUAUGAGAACAACAAUGAUGAGAAUAAAAUAUAAGGUUGUACACAUUUAAUAUAUAUAUAUAUUUAUAUAUGUAUAUAUUUAAUAUAAGAUGGUAUACAUUUUGUAUGCAUCCGUUACACAUUAUUAGAAAAAUAGGCUUGGAAUGGUCUCUCUGGGAGAUGGUUUAAAGGCUCUGUGUUGAACUGUACAAAAAAUACAGCAACUUAGAACCUUUUCAUAUCCAAAGAGCCAUUAAAAAGCCUUUUUACUACAUAAUGUACUGUAGAUACUUGGGGUUUGUGUCAUUUCCAUUGCUGUGUGCAUUCAUAUAUUUAUAAUAUCACAAGAUUUCAGAUGCUAUUUAUGACUGGUUAUUAGCUCUUUCAUACAUAUUGUGUGCAAGCUCUCCUUAAUCAGAACCACUGUAUAAGCUACAA